AUCUAUGGAGCUACCGAUUGAGACUUAAUUUAUGCGACAUUUGAGGAUCGCCAUAGGAUAUAAAAAAUGGCCUUUGCACGGAGGCUGGCCAUCCUUCCUGGUGGCUUAGGAGGUCUUGGAUCUAUCACAGGCAAGAAGUUGAUGCAAAACGGCGCCCAGCUUGCCAUUCUUUAUGCCCCAUUUGAAGCUGCGCGUCGCAACGAGCUACUUGAGACUCGAUAUGGAGUGUCCGAUCAGAGCAAGAUUCGCAUGUAUGAAUGCGACAUCACGUCACCGGACUCCGUACAAUCGGUUUUCAAUUCAAUUGAGAAAGUUUCUAAAAUUGAACAAUCUAAUACCUCAGAGCCAGCGUUCCCGAGCAUCCUAAUCAACACUGCGGGAUACGUAUCGCUGAGCGAUAUGGAGCUAACACCGCCGGCAGAGACCAUGAAACAUCUGACGACCAACGUUCUGGGACCAAUGCUCUGCUCUCAAGCCUUUGCACGUCUCUACUUCUCGGCCGUGACAACUGCUGAUCUAUCCACUCCGCCACCACCAGGACGAAUUAUCAGUAUAGCGUCACAGGCGGCGCAUGCCGCUCUGCAUCGGCAUGGAGCAUACUGUGCAUCCAAGGCCGCACUUCUCGGGCUCACCCGAAGCAUGGCUUCCGAGUGGGCGGACCGUGGUAUUACAUCAAAUACUGUGUCGCCGACAGUGGCAUGGACAGAUCUCGGCAAGAAGGCAUGGGGAGAACAGUCAGUCAGAGAGGCAUUUCUGAAAACUAUACCAACGGGCAGGUUCGCGCAGCCAGAAGAAGUGGCCGAUGGCGUUCUAUUUCUUGCACAGGAUUCGAGUGGAAUGAUAAAUGGUGCAGACCUUAGGAUUGAUGGUGGAUUCACCAUUAGGUAA